CCAAUCCGCACCACCCCUGCUCCAAUCGUGGCUCCUCUCGCCGGUGCUUCUCCGACGGAACCAGAUGCCGACCAGGGAGAAGAGAAGUGGAGCGAGCAAGCGGAAGGUGCCGCCGCCGCCAUCACCAGCACCACCACCACAACCAGUUCCAGCGGGAGCGCCGCCGCCGCCGCCGUUCACUUCGGGUCUUGCUGGGCAACCGCCGCCGGCACCUCUUGCUGCAGGAUGGCAAGCCGUACCUGGUGGGAGUGGUGCGAUUCAUUCCCCUAAAGCAAACCAAUGCUCAAAUCCCUGGGGAGGUUAUGUUAAUUUCUUCCAACAACCACCAUUUUCUGCACCGGACCAAAAUUUCCAUUUUGUUGGGCUUACUCAUAACUUUGCACAAAUCUCUCCGUCACCACCACCACCACCAUCGGCACAAGGACAAUCCUCACAUCAAGUCCCCAUUGACAUUGAUGGCGAAAAUGCUGUCGAGACAAGUAGGACAGCAAAGAGAAGGCAUUGGUCACAUGAAGAGGAAGUUCGAUUGGCGAGUGCUUGGCUGAACAACUCUAAUGACCCAAUAAGAGGGAAUGACAAGAAAGGCGAUACAUUUUGGAAGGAUAUCACUUCAGAGUUCAACAAGAACGCAGCAGCAGGUCGUGAAAGGGACACUAACCAACUGAAGAUUCAUUGGUCACGCUUGAAGACAGUUAUCGCCGACUUCAAUGGAUGUUAUACUAAGGUGACUAGAGUGAAUAAAAGUGGGGCAUCUGAUGAUCAGUUGAUGGAUGAGGCACUUGCACUGUAUACAGAACGGUAUAAGAAGCCUUUCACUUUGUUCCAUUGGUGGAGGACUCUCAAGAAUCAACCUAAAUGGUGUGCAUAUGUUGCCCAAAUGGAGAAAGAAAAGAAUCAAUCGCAGAUUCCCAUACAUGUUGAUGAUGACUUAGGGACUAAGCGUCCAAUUGGGAGGGAUGCAGCCAAGGAAAGCACAAGACGUAAUGGCAAGCGGAAGACUGAAGAGAUUAUUGAAGGUUUUGCAAUCUUAGGAGGUAAUAUAGACAAGAUAGUUGCAGUAACGCAAGAGCGCAAGCAGGCGCGUGAGAAGACCACAGAGGCACAUCUUGAAAUCUCAAGAAAUAGACUCAAGUCAGCACAAGAUGAAAAGGAAGCAAAACUGCUGCAAGUUUAUGAUUCAUUGCUUCAGCAAGACACAAGUCAGAUGACAGAAGAAUCAAAGGCUAGAAGAGAUAAGACAUUGGCGGCGAUUGAGAAGAAGCUAUUCAGUAACAAUGAUGAAGUGAGAUGCGCUUUUGUUUUAUUCUUGAGCAAUCUGACAUGCUACUUCUUUCUGUUAUCUAUCAUGCUGAUUGUGAGCAUGCUAUUUCUUUCUGUUCUGCCAUGCUAUUUGUGAGCAUGCUAUGGAACUCAGCUAUGGAACAAAA